AUGACCAAGGACUCAUCCAAGUCUUGCAUCGCAUGUGGUUGGACGUCCAAGCUACAAGAGCAGUGCUCUUAUUCGAGUCAUGUCAAACUUUUCUAUGGUGCCGACAGACGGGGUGUGUGGUCGAUCGGGUCUGAUGUGAUCUUGAAAGAACGCCCCGACGAAGGUCCCAGAACCGAAGUGAAAACACUGGAGUACCUUGUAUCCAACCCGAAUGUCAAUAUCCCAGCUCCACGGGUUUUACGUGACUGGGUCGAUGGGAAUGGGCGAUACUUUGUACUUCUGGAACGGAUGCACGGCCAGACACUCGAGCAGGCCUGGCCGUCAUUAUCAAAAUCCCAGAAAACGGCCAUAGCAGAUCAGGUUGUUGAAGUUCGCAAGCAGCUACGGUCCCUCACAUCAGAAGCUAUACAGAAUGUUGACCAAAGCCCUUGUUACCCGGCGCUACUUUUUUCUGAUUGCGAGUCCCAGGGACCUUUCCACUCCGACCUCGAACUCUGGGAUGCUAUAAGCCUUACCCUUCACAGUCCGCCCACAAAGCAAUUCCCUCAAAAGGCCUUGGAGAAUUUGAGGAAACGUAUGCCUCGAUGUGGGCCCUACGUCCUCACUCACUGCGAUCUCAAUGUGGGCAAUAUCAUGGUUGAGGAUGGACAACUGGUCGGAAUCCUAGAUUGGGAAUAUGCCGCCUAUUAUCCUAUAUGGUAUGAAUAUGUUUCAGCCUCUUGGGCAUGGACUGAGGAGGAUGCUGAGUGGAAAAAGCUGCUACAAGAACGCUUGGCUGCACACGGCGAUGGACACGAGGACGCAAAGAAUUUCUGGAUGGAUCUGCGCCAUUUGAGAAAGUACCCGAAUUUGGAUGACAAGGGCCGAGAAGCUUUGCAAAGAUUGUCCUAG